CUAGCAGAAGUGCCAGCAGCAGAAAGCACAAACAUGCAGACUAUUAAGUGUGUUGUGGUGGGUGAUGGAGCAGUGGGAAAGACCUGCUUACUGAUCUCGUACACGACCAACAAGUUCCCUUCUGAAUAUGUACCAACAGUGUUUGACAACUAUGCAGUAACUGUAAUGAUUGGGGGUGAGCCAUACACCCUUGGCUUGUUUGAUACCGCAGGUCAGGAGGAUUAUGACAGGUUACGGCCACUAAGCUACCCUCAGACUGAUGUCUUCCUAGUCUGUUUCUCAGUCGUUUCACCUUCCUCAUUCGAGAAUGUCAAAGAAAAGUGGGUCCCUGAAAUAACUCACCACUGUCCCAAGACCCCGUUCCUGUUGGUAGGCACCCAGAUUGACCUUCGCGAUGACCCCUCCACAGUAGAGAAAUUAGCAAAGAACAAGCAGAAGCCAAUCACCCCAGAGACAGCAGAGAAGCUGGCUCGCGACCUGAAAGCAGUCAAAUACGUAGAGUGCUCAGCUCUAACUCAGAAAGGAUUAAAGAAUGUGUUUGAUGAAGCAAUACUGGCUGCCCUGGAACCCCCAGAACCUAAGAAAAGGCGUAAAUGUGCUCUGCUAUAA